AUGGUCCGAGAAGCUACUGCAUCAGACAGCACAUUCGUCAACCUCAUUCACCACCUAGAGGCUGGAUUUCCUGAAGAUUGCAGAGAGCUAUCUACUGAGUUGCGUCCCUAUCAUCGCUUUGCAGCCAGUCUGUGUGUGGUGGAUGGUGUGGUACUUAUGGGUCAACGCGUGGUUAUCCCACUUGCACUUCGAACGCAUGUACUUAAUGCACUACAUGCAGCCCACAAAUGUGUCAGUGCUAUGCGUGCACGUGCCAUAUCCUCAGUGUAUUGUCCUGACAUCACAGUUGACAUUGCAAGAGUAAGGGACCAAUGUUCACAUUGCCACCAGAUGGCUAAGUCCAACCCGAUGCAGCCCCUAUCAGACAUAACACCAACAGCGUACCUAUUUCAGAUGAUCUGCAGUGACUACUUCACUUACAAUGGCAAGGACUAUGUGGUGAUCGUGGAUAGAUAUUCCAACUGGCCUAUAGUGCACAGAUCAGAUUCUUGGGCAGAUGGUCUUGUCAAACGACUGCGAGAGACUUUUGUGACAUUUGGCAUUCCUGAAGAGUUGACAUCAGAUGGGGGCCCGCAGUUUACAGCAGGGAAUACAUAG